AUGGACGCAGAAUACCUGGAACUCAAAGACGUCCACGAUCUCAUGCUUCCCAAAGCCGCAGAAUAUGCACAAGAUUUUCUCGAGGAUGGUGUUCUUCUCAGAGAUGCUGUCGUCGCUGAGCUGCAGCGUGAAGGGCAGGAGGUGGAGAUAGAGAAUCACGAUGACUUGAUCAACGGUCGAGGAGAUAAUCCGGUGAAAUAUUCUCAGGCAAAGGCUCUGGUGAUUGAAAUGGUUCAGAAGACUAUCAUCGUCAAGCAGGAGGUGCGUAGGUUGAGGAAAGGGAUAAGUUAUGAGGCGUGGAAGAGAAUCCAGGAGGAGGCUGUUGCGAGGCGUUGGGAAGCCGGUGAGGAACCUUCUUAG